AGCCCUCUACAGGGACGUCAUGCAGGAGAACUAUGAGACGGUGACCUCGCUGGGAUUCCCCCUUCCCAAACCUGACCUGAUCAGCCAGCUGGAACGAGGGGAAGAGCCGUGGGUGCCCGAUCUCCAGUCCUGUGAGAGAAGAGAGAUUCCAAGAGGUGCCCACACAGCAGGUGACGAGACAGUGAGAGAGAACGAGGAGGGGAAUCAAGAGAAGGAAGUUCCUGGUCACAGAGAAUCACAGGGGACCUUUUUGGGAAGAGCUGAAGGGAAUUUUUCCCAGUGCUGGGAACAGGGAGAUGAUGGGGAAAAUUGGCGGAGGUCAGAUAGGCUUCCGGAAAACCACUCAAGGAAGCAAAUGGAUAAAUCUAUUAUAUGUGGGGAAGGACACAGCGAUCCCACAGCCCGACAGACAACCUCCAAGAAAGACAAAAGUUAUGAAUGUCCUGGUUUUGGGAAAGGAAUCGUUCUGAAACCACAGCUUGUUACACCUCAGGAAAUCCAAACUGGAAAGAAAUCACUUCAAUGCUUGGACCGUGGGGAAAGCUUCAAUAACUGCUCAGAUCUUAAUAACCAUGGGAGAAGCCACACAGGAGAGAGACCCUCUCAGUGCCUUGAGGGCAGGAAUUGUUUAAAUUUGAAGUCAACACUGAUUACACACCAGACAGUCCACACUAGAGAGAGACCCCAUAAGUGCUUAGACUGUGGAAAAAGUUUCAUACAGAAGUCACACCUUGUUGCACAUCAGGCAGUCCACACUGGAGAGAGACCCCAUCAGUGCUUAAUCUGUGGGAAAAAUUUCGUAUGGAGGUCAGCCCUACUUAGUCAUCAGGCAAUCCACACUGGAGAGAGAUCCCAUAAGUGCUUAGACUGUGGAAAAAGUUUCAUACAGAAGUCACACCUUGUUGCACAUCAGGCAGUCCACACUGGAGAGAGACCCCAUCAGUGCUUAAUCUGUGGGAAAAAUUUGAAACGGAGGUCAACCCUUCUUAUACAUCAAGCAGUCCACACUGGAGAGAGAUCCCAUAAGUGCUUAAUCUGUGGAAAAAGUUUCAUAUGGAGGUCAGGCCUUGUUUUUCAUCAGAGAAAACACACGGGAGAGAGACCUCAUAAGUGCUUAGAGUGUGGGAAAAGUUUCAUAGAGAGGUCAGGCCUUGCUAAACAUCAGAUAAUCCACACAGGAGAGAGAUCCCAUAAGUGUUUGGACUGUGAGAAAAGUUUCACACAAAGAUCAUAUCUUAUGGAACAUCAGAAAAUCCACACUGGAGAGAGACCCCAUAAGUGCUUAGACUGUGGAAAAAGUUUCAUACAGAGGUCAGCCCUUGUCAAACAUAAGGCAAUCCACACUGGAGAGAGACCCCAUAAGUGCUUAGACUGUGGAAAAAGUUUCAUGCAGAAAUCAACCCUUCUUAUUCAUCAGGAAAUCCACACUGGAGAGAGACCCCAUGAAUGUUUAGACUGUGAAAAAAGUUUUGUACGGCGGUCAAGCCUUCUUGCACAUCAAAAAAUCCACACCGGAGAAAGACCCUAUAAGUGCUUAGAGUGUGGGAAAAGUUUCAUACGGAGGCCUGGCCUUGUUAAACAUCAAGCAAUCCAUACAAGAGAGAGACCAUAAGAGUUCUGAAAGUGUGUAAAUGCUAUUUGGGACCAUUCCAAGAAAUAGAGACUAGAGCUUUGAAAUGUAACCUGGUGUUGUUAAGAAAUUGAAAGGAGAUAGUCGUGCUGUUGAUUAAUUGCAAUUAACUCACGUGAUUAACUCAAAAAAAAUUCAUCGUGGUUAGAAAUAUUAAUCUUGAUGAAUCACAUUGUUAAACAAUAGAAGAGCAAUUGGAAUUUUUUUGGAUGUUUUUCUACGUUUUCUUAUAUAUUGAUUUCUAUCACAACAAAGAAGAGAAAGUGUACAGUGCUCACUUUAUAUUAUUUUUAUUACAAAUAUUUGUACUGUAAACAUGCAAAAUAAAAAUAGUAUUUUCCAAUUCACCUCAUACAAGUACUGUAGUGCAAUCGCUUUAUCAGGAAAGUGUAGCUUAAAAACACAGAUUAUUUUACUUACAUAAGUGCACUCAAAAAUAAAGCAAUUAAAAACUUUAGAACCUAGAUGUCUACUGUUCGUUUUCUGCCGCUCACUAAGGCAAACAAGUUUGUUUACAUUUACGGGGGAGAAUGCUGCCUGCUUCUAAUUUAUGAUGUCACCGGAAAGUGUGAGAAGGUGUUCACGUGGCGUGUUUGUAGCUGGCCGUGCAGGUAUUUAUGUGCAAGAUAUGCUAAACCUGCCUAUGUCCCUUCAUGCUUCAGCCACCAUUCCAGUGGACAUGCUUCCAUGCUGACGAUGCUCAUUUAAAAAAAAUGUAUUAAUUAAAUUUGUGACUGAACUCCUUGGAGGAGAAUUGUAUGUCCCCUGUUCUGUUUUACACACAUUCUGCCAAAUAUUUCAUAAUAUGGAAGUCACGGAUAAUGACCUAGCACAUGUUCAUUUUAAGGACACUUUCACUGCAGAUUUGACAAAACGCAAAGGAAGUAACCAUCUGAGAUUUCUAAAGGUAGCUACAGCAUUCGGCCCACGGUUUAAGAAUCUGAAGUACCUUCCAAAAUCUGAGAGGGAUGAGGUGUGAAGCAUGCUUUCAGAAAUCUUAAAAGAGCAACACACUGGUUGGGAAACUACAGAACCUGAAGCACCAAAAUAGAAAAUCAGCCUUCUGCUGGUGGCAUCUGACUCAGGUGAUGGAAAUGAACUCAUGUUGGUCUGGUCUGCUUUGGAUCGUUAUCAAUUAGAACCCGUCAUUAGCAUGGAGGCAUGUCCUCUGGAACGGUGGUUGAAGCAGGAAAGGACACAUGACUCUUUAGCGCAUCUGGCACAUAAAUAUCUUGCGAAACCAGCUGCAAUAGUGCCACGAGAACGCCUGUUCUCACUUUCAGGUGACAUUAAUGUAAACAACAAGCGGGCAGCAUUAUCUCCUGCAAAUUGUAACCACACUUGUUUUUCUGAGAGAUUGACUGUAUAAGAAGGAGGACUGAGUGGAAUUGUAGGCUCUAGUUUUAUAUUGUUUUAUUUUUCAACGCAGGUAUUUUUUGUACGUAAUACUACAUUUGUAAGUUCAACUUUCAUGAUAAAGAGAUUGCACUACAGUACUUGCACUUGGUGAGUUGAAAAAUA